AUGUCGAUCUACUGCAUCUCCGUGAAGCCACCCCUUCGUAGACCUGUUGGCAAGGAAGCUGCAUUGAAAGCCUUCAAAGCGAUGGAUACGGACAACUCCGGAUCAGUGAGCUUCGAGGAAUUUCUGGAUUCUAUAAAACGGGAGGCGACCGAAGAAAUUUCUGUAUCCAAUCUGCGGAAAUUUUUCAAAAAGAUUGAUACGGACAACAAUGGUGUGAUCAGUCUUGCGGAGUUGGAAGAAUUAUUUUGUUAA